AGGCCCAGCGGGCAGCUUUCGGUUGCUCCUAACCUCGUCUUGAGCAAAGUGUUCCUGAACGAAUGCACAACCAAAAACAUUUCGAUAAAUAAACUUAAUUAACAUUCAAAUUAAAGUUAGAUUAUCUUUUAAUCAAAAACGAAUUCAUCAUAGAAAUAAAGCAUGUGUAGCAAAUUUGGAACAUAAAACCUUUUUCUAUUGUCAAAAUAAAUCGUUAUUAUUAUUAUUAAGAAUAUAAUUUUUUCAUGGGACACCUAAGCGACUACCGGCUUGGAUCUCAGUUACUGCUGUUUUCUCUACAAAAUCUUACUGACCGUACAGUCCCAAAACCCAAAAAUAGCCCAAAAAUCCUUUUAAAAAAAUAAAAAAAUAAAGCCACUUUAAAUUAAUUUUGGGGUUAUUGUUUCUCAGCCGUUGAAUGUUACUUCCCAAAAAACUUUCUCUGCCAUUUUAAUUUGGGAUAAUUUACUAUAUUUUGUUUCUUUCCUUUUUUUUCUUUGUCUGAAUUUAAUAUUAUGGGGAAGAGAAAGAGAAGUUCCCAACCUAACAAUCUCGACCUUCCUUCUUCUUCGGACGACAUGCCGUGCUCUUCAGGAACGGAAUUAUUAUCCAAAAAGCAUUCUUCGAAUUUGGAUGCUGGCAUGGAUGCUGGAGAUAGUUCUGUGAAGCUGCUUAAUUCCAACUCUUCUGUUGCUCAUCGCCAGUACAAUCUUGGGCGCUCCAUAUUUCUAAAACGAUCACGCCAUUACUAUGGCCAUCACUACUCACGCCGGAAUUCUGGCAGCCUUGCUAAUGCAUCAACUUCUCAUGGCAAGUUUAGUCCUUUACAUGAUGAGAGAUUACCCUUCAAGUUUGCUCACUACUGCCCAGAGUCUGCAUGCCAUGGAGAUGGUAGGGAAAAAGCAUUUAGCAGACCAGAGCGAAUAACGUCUAGUUCAUUGGUGAUGGAUGCAGUAUCACUUGACAAGGUGAAGAUUGUUUGUGGCAUAUGCCAGAAGCAUUUGAGACGGAAACCUUAUUUACUUGGAAAUGCACUGGCUUCUGGUGAAUUCUCUGUCGUGGCAGUUCUAGUUUGUGGGCAUGUAUAUCAUGCUGAUUGUUUGGAAGAGAGAACAAGCCUCGAGGAUAGGCGUGACCCGCCAUGUCCUUUAUGUUCGGGUUCACUAUCACAAGUUUGAUGCUUCUAGUGGAAAGGAGUGAUUGUACAGAGGUGGGCACAUUUAUCAUACUAAUUUUCUAGAAGAAAUAUGACAUACUUAAUUAGGGCAUAAAAUGCAGGCGGUUUGUUGUGAUCUAAGCUGAAGUUUUACAGAUUAGGA